CACCCCCCUCACCCACAGGGUCAGCAGCACGGAGAUCAUCACCCUCACCCACAGGGUCAGCAGCACCCAAACCACCCCCCUCACCCACAGGAGCAGAGUCAGCAACACCCAAACCACCCCCCUCGCCCACAGGAGCAGAGUCAGCAACACCCAAACCACCCCCCUCGCCCACAGGAGCAGAGUCAGCAACAUGCAAACCACCCCCCUUACCCAUUGAAUCAGCAACAUCGAGGCCACCCCCAAAGUCAGCAACAUCCAAACCACCCUCCUCACCCACAAGGCCAUCAGCAUCUGGACCAUAUGUCUCUCUCACAAGGACAUGAGCACCCUCCCCACCCAUGGAAUCAUCACCACCAAGGUCAAACUCCCCACCUGCAGGGCUACCCUCCCCUCCCUCAGGGUCAUGAGCAGAAGGAACGUCUGCCCCAAGUGCAGGGAUAUGAAUGCAGAGACCAAGCUAGUUUCCCACAGGGAUUUUCACAUCCGGACCAGUCAGCUGAUCAAUUUCAGGAAUGCUAUCCUCAGCAGGGACAGUCGUAUCAUCGUCCUCAACCUCCCUAUCAACACGAACACCCGGAUUCUCAGCAACAGUAUCCAUUCCGGGAACGUUUACAUCCUGAGCAAUAUCCACCCUUCUCUGAGAGAACUGGAGUUGCCAACAAUGUACCACCUCACAUCCACAGCAUGUCUUCCCAGCCUCAGAACAGUUCCUGCCAAGACCAAAACUUGCUUCGUAGUGAAACUCCUAAUUUACCUGCUGGGUAUGGACCUCAAAAUUCUCAGUUAAUAAAUCACAGCAUCCAGAAUAAUCAGAACUUUCCAAAUUCAUCAGGGGAGAUGCCACCUUGGGAAAAUGAUCACAGCAUGCAGUAUAACAAUGAAAAGAUGGGAACACCGUGGCCCAGUGUUGCUAAUUUCUCACAAAACCUAAAAGACAUCAGUGUGGAACAAUUGCACAGAAAUGACUUGAUGACCAGGAAGUCAUCAUCAGACCAAUUCUCUCAUAAUUUUAAAUGUAAUGAACCUCUAAAAGAGCAAGAUGAGUUAUGGCUUACAAGAUUCUUGUCAAAACGUAGGGUGCAACCUUCCGAGAUUAAAAAGCCCAAAUCUUUCCCGUUAGUUAGUGAAGUAAAGGAAUCGGUGCUUAGUGCUUGUAAACUUGUCACUGAGCUGACUGCCUUAUGCCAGCAGUUAAGGCAUAAUGUGGAAAAUGAAGUAGUCUGGACUGAAUCUUAUCUAAAAGCAAUUGAAAUAAAGACUGCUUUACAGGAAAAACUAAAGACGUUAAACGACAGCGACUACCUCAGUGCUGUGAAAAAGAAACUGGAAAGAAUAAAAAAGAAAAGAAGCAACAUUCAACGGAAGAAGCAAGAGUGGCGGUUAGAAAAACAAGAGGAAGAGGCAAGGGCAGCAGAAAAAGAAGCAAAAAUUGACGAAUGGCGAAUGAAGUGUGUCCGAGAAGUUGAAGAAAAAAAGAGGGAACGUGAACUGAAAGCUGCAGCAGACAGUGUCUUGUCAGAGGUGCGGAAGAAACAGGCAGAUGCAAAACGACUAGUGGAUAUCCUGCGGGCACUGGAGAAGCUGCGGAAACUGAGGAAGGAAGCUGCAGCUAGAAAAGGUGUUCAACCUCCUCCUUCAGCUGAUGAAACUUUUGAACAUCAUAUUGAGAGGCUGAGAAAACUAAUUAAAAAACGCAGUGAAUUGUAUGAUGCAGAAGAGCGAGCCCUGAGAGUUAUGCUAGAAGGAGAACAAGAAGAAGAAAGAAAAAGGGAAAAUGAGAAAAAACUGAAGAAAGAGAGAGAAAAACUAGAGAAACAGCAACGUGAAAUAGAAUCCAUGAUGUUUGGAGAUCCAGAAUUACCUUCAGACCACCCACUGCAGCCAUUUCGCCAAUAUUAUCUGCAAGCUGAGCAUUCUUCACAUGUGCUUGUGCAAAUCAGACAAGAAUGGGAUCGAUAUCUUGUGCCAGGAGAUCAUCCUGAUGGAAGCAGUAUUCCCCAGGGCUGGGUCUUUCCACACCCACCCUCUACUGCCACAUGGGCAACUGCACUCAAACAGAAUGAGAGUUGAUGCUGUUGAACAGUUUUCUCUGUGGCUGAAGUAUUUUAUCGCCAAUUAGUAUCUCUUUUAUAUUUAAUAAAGAUGGAUUCACCUUG